CAAUGAGCAAAACCCGACACUACUGCUUCGUCUAGCUGCUGCUGCUGCUGCUGCAUUCUCACUCACUCACCAAGCAAUGUCGUUGACCGAACGCCUUUUGCAUGCCCAAGAAGAGACUCAUUACCAUUUCAAUCCUCCCGAGAAAAAGCACAAUCGUACGGCAGCACAACUGAAUGCGGUCAACUACAUUCGCAAAGUGAAUGCCGUCUGGAGUCUCUUUGGUUCGGCCUACAUUAUCUAUGAUUCCAUUCGCACGUUGCGACAACGACGAGGCAAAUCGUCUGGUGAACGAACUUCUUCCUACAUUCUGUUGGCAUUGAGUCUGUGUGACUUUUCGUCCAGCUUGUGGCUCUUUUUGGCCGAUUGGACCAGUCCGGAUCCAUUUGUACCGUACGAAGAGACUCCCACAGUGUGUAAAGUCCAAGGCUUCUUUGUCCAGUUGGGACUCUGUGUUCCCGUCUACAAUGCCAGUUUGGCCAUUUGUUACUAUUUGCUCAUUUGCCGUCGUCAUCAGGGCAUUCGAUCCAAACGACAAAGUAGUAAUCAACAAUCGUCGUUUCUGCGCAGUGUCACUCCGAUGCUUCUGAUUGGGUUGCCCAUGAUGUGGGGACUCUCCACCGCCGUGUCAGGACUGCUUUUGGACCUCUACCAUCUCUAUGGACCCAUGGGGGUAUGCUGGAUUGCUGGAUCUCCCAUUCGAUGUGCUCCCGGGGGAGCAUUGGAACACACGCCGCAGUGCCGUCGACAAGGUCAAUUGGAUACCUACCGAUUGGUAUUUGGCUUCUUGCCACUGCUCCUGUGCUUUGUCGUCAUGAUUAUUUUCUUUACCAUCAUCUUUUUCAAAGUGCGGAAACGAGAACUCACCAGUGAAAAGUGGAACAAAAGUUGGAUGCAACUCGACACAGGUGGCAGUAGCAGUCUCUUUUACAAUGACACGAAUAAUAGCAGAGAAGAAGCACCACCACCACAAUCUCCUCGCCAAGCAGAAGAGUCAAAGAAAAUUACUGCCAAUGACAACAACCAAUCCAAUAGUGGUGGCGAGGAAACAAAGCAGGAGGAGCGACCCAAGAGUCCCGUGGAGUUGGAGCUGGAGGCUGGUGUUGCUGUGGAAUUGGAUGACAUGCCCACGUUUGCAGAAUUGGAGGCAUGUCCCUUGGAGAUGAUUCCGGGUAAAGACCCAGAAGAAAAAUACUCAGAAGACGACAACACACCAAAAACUUGUUCUUUUGAGAUUCGCAAUAGUGCGAAUACGGUCACCACCACCACCACAACAACCACCAGUCUCCGACAAAGCGACAAGACCACCAGCCUCCGACGCAGUGACAAGAGAAGGAUAUCGAAGUCGCAACAAGUGGCCAUGCAAAGCUUGUGCUAUGCAGUGGCAUUCUUUUUGACAUGGACGUUUCCCUUUAUCAGUUGGAUCACGACAAGUUACUUUUUGAAACGAUACUACGCACUCGAUGUGCUGACAUCCUUCUUUCUUCCCUUGCAAGGACUCUUCAAUGCUCUGGUGUAUUUGAGGCCUCGGUACCUGCAGUUUCGAGAGGGGAACCCUGACUGGUCCCUGUGGAAAGCGGUGACGGGUGGCUCAUGCUGCCGUCGCAGCAGCUCCAAAAACGACAACAACAACAACAAUUCGCAAGGCUGAAGGAAAGAUGCUGGGUCGAUGGGAUUUUAUUCUAUCCAUGAUGCUGCUGCUUGUUUCGGCCAAGACUUUUUGCAACUGUCGAAAGUACGGUUGCCACUCUGCCAAUCUCAAACACUCCAGCAAUCCCAGGGGCAACCAAGUCUGAUUCGAUUCGAUUCCACAAUUCAUGACUCGCCAGAGGGAUGGAAAGGCGUUAACGUUCCUCUCAGAUGUCCACUGCUGCGCGGUUGGAUUGGCAUUUUCUCUUGCUUGAUUGACUCCGGCACGAUCUUUUCAGUGCUUGUGGGGUGUUUGCUCCCAAGAGAAAGAAAGAACAAGGGCCUUCCAACCGCGCAAACAGCAACCUGGGCCGCCCUCCACCUUUAAAAAUCAUGGGUGACGGCUUGCUUAGGCACGCUAUUUAGCUCGAAAAACAACGAUUGCUUUUCAGCUGAAAAAUCAACGAAAGCACGAUUAGUGAAUGAGAAUUACUCUCGCAUACUACUGUCUAUCGGUACUGUCAACCUCAAAGACUCCAAGGUCCAGCGGAAGAUUUAUCCACACGUGUUGAAUGUCGGUCACUUUUCGUCUUGGGCAGAUGAAUUCGCGGACGCCUCGGUUGCCCAGUUCAUCCAUUGUAUAACCGUCCCCUUGGAAGAGGCGGGUACACUUCCAAGUGGCGCUCAAAAAGGCUCGAGCAUGUGCCACGGUAUCGCAUUCAUCCGGCAAAGCAGCGUAUUUGUGUAUGGUGUUUACACUGCGGUGCAUGUCGCCUGGCAAAUAAUCAAAAUCGAUACCAGUCUCGGCCACGAGUUCGUCAAAAGGCUUGGGCUUGAGUACGGGCAAGUGUUUCUCCAAGCGUUUUCCGGCUUCCAUAGAUUCAGCGUAGGUCAAAGCCAGCAGAUUGUCCCAUGUCGGAGACACCAUCUGAAACGUCUCAUCAGCGGCAAAGAGGACCAUGCGGAACUCUGCUCCAUUCUUUAACUCGUUCUGGAUAUAUUUGUCGUCGAAUCCAAUGAGUCGCAGGAUUUCUAGCGAUGUCUUUCCAGCACACAAACCCAAGCUUUCACUACCAAUGACGAACGGGUAGAUUUGGCUGGGUCUCGACAAGUAAUCAAAAUGCCCCAACUCGGGGCGGCCAGAAAGGAUUCUAGCACCGAGCCCGUUAAAGUCGCCAGCUUGUUCGAAACCCUCAAUCUUCGUUGACCCAUCGACAGGCGAAAUCAAACGAGCAACGCUCUCCAGACGACUUUCCAUCGUCGAUGGGGAGCCGUCGUUGCUGGUAUCCAAAUUUUGGAGGAUCUUUUUGUGGUUGCCCCUCAACCCCAACAAAGCAAUCGUGUCGUGUCUUUUUGUUUGCCACGUCUGGAACCUCCGCAACCGCAUUAUUAUUGCUAUUCCUGUUUGCGGAAAAGGUCGGCGACUCCCAUGCUCGAGAUUCGACAACGACAGUUGGGGCUCGAAAGGCCAUCCUGGUGAGCAAUCCUUGAGGUUUCGGAAGGCACAACGGAGGAUGUUGCCGCAGGCCGCCCGCACUCUCCAAACCCUGUUGGAUGGCCGCGACAGCGUCUUCAUAGGGGUAUACCCAAAGUGGAGGAUACUCUCUAGUUUUGACUAAUGCCAUAUACCAGCCCUAGCUCUAUGUUGCUACUGUACUCUUUUGACAGGGCCUAGCUAGCUACUGACGAUACGAGCAGAGAUGUUGC